UUUUUGAAAAAGCUUUUAAGAGGAAGACCUGGUCAACAUGGAUGAAGACUUCAGACGAACCAUAGAGCCAGAGUGUUUACUGGAGCCUCCACUGGCUCUGGACAUGAUCAACCGACUAGAUGUUUUUGAGUUUGGACUCUAUUUCGUGCUCACCUUUAUGUCCUGUGUUUCCCUGCUUUUGUUCCUGGAGCAGUGUUUGUUUAUUUACAAACACCUGCCUUAUCCCAAGAAGACGAUCGUCAUCUGGAUUAGUGGUGUGUCACCAAUCAUCGCCACCAUGGCCUGCUUCGGGUUGUGGAUUCCUCGUGCAGUGAUGAUCACAGACAUGACGUCAGCAUGUUAUUUUUCAGUUGUGGUGUACAAGAUUUUGGGUUUGCUGAUUGAGGAGUUUGGAGGCUCCACUCCUUUUCUAAAAAUAUUUGCUGGUAAAAACUUCAAGAUCAGCGUAGGACCCUGCUGCUGCUGCUGCCCCUGUUUACCUCUCGUACCGAUGUCACGAAAGAUGUUAUUCCUGCUGAAGUUGGGAUCUCUACAGUAUGCAAUCCUAAAACCAGUUUUCUCUAUCAUUUCUGUAAUUCUCUGGAGAAAUGCCAUCUAUGAUCCCACAAAUCUAGGGAUCAGAAGUGCAACCCUUUGGAUCAACCUGUCUGUUGGUGUUCUCACCGUAAUUUCCCUUUGGCCAGUCGGCAUCGUCUUCAUGAACCUUAACAUCCUUUUACGCAGCGUGAAAAUUAUUCCCAAGUAUGCAAUGUACCAACUCACAUUUGUGCUGACCCAGCUGCAGACAUCAAUCAUCAACAUCCUGGCUGCAAACGGAUGCAUCGCCUGCUCCCCUCCUCUCUCCUCUCAGUACCGCGGAUUUAUGUUAAGUCAGAAGAUGCUGAUCAUGGAGAUGUUCAUCAUAAGCCUUUUCACCCGGUAUUUAUACCGUCGCUUGUACGAUCCAGUUGAAAUUGAGGAGCAAGAGAUUGUGCUGAACCACAAGGCAAUCGUGCAGGCUCCUCUGGAGGAGCAUGAUGUUUAAAGAAGACCAGGAAUGUCAACGCUUUCAACUAACAUA